UAAAAUAUUUGAUGUCAUUUACAAUGGCCAAGAGUCUGGUGAAUCUUCAAAGCCUUUAUGUAAGUGAAUGUGGGAAGAUGACAAGCAUCUUCCUCUCUGAACAAGAUACAGAGAAGGAUAUUAUGGGUAACUUCUUUCCAGAAUUGAAGAAUAUGAAACUUCGCAAUAUGAACAGUCUGAGUAAGAUAUGGAAUCCGAAACUCCCAUCGGACUACUUUAACAAACUAGAGACUCUAAUCAUUGAGGAGUGUCACAGACUUGAAAAUGCAUUGGAGGGAAUAUUUGGGAGUCUAUGCAACUUGAGAGUUAGAAAUUGCAGGUCCAUGCAAGCAAUAUUUAAUAUACGUGAGCAAGUUGGGGAUGUAGCUAAUAACUUGCAAGAUGUUCAUUUAGAAACACUCCCAAAAUUGGAGCUUGUAUGGAAAAUGAAUAAUAAAGACCUCGUAGGGAUUCCUAAGUUUAACAAUCUGAAGAGGAUAUGGACUCAAGGUUGUGAGAGCUUGGAAUGUAUAUUUCCAUUUUAUGUAGCCAAGAAUCUUGAUAAUCUUGAAUCUCUUGUGGUUUGUGAUUGCGAUGGAUUGAGUAAAAUUGUUGCUGAAAAGGAAGUUACCAACACGGAUACAGCCAAAUUUAACUUUCCUAAACUAAGCACCAUCAAAUUUUCACACCUGCCAAGACUUACGAGUUUUUAUCCAACGACUUAUGAUUUAUCAUGUCCGUUGAAUGAGCUGUCCAUUGAAUUUUGUGACAAUCUGGAACCAUUCAACAACGGAACCGAGCAUGCACAAACAAAUCCUGUGCAUGCAUUCUUUCCUGAAGAGGUAAUCAAUAACUUGAAGUCCAUGCAAAUUGAGUUUUGGCACGCAAAGUCACCAAACAGCUAUAUGGGCAAAGGGAACCAUCGAAGGGAUAACUUAGAAGAGCUUUCCUUAUCUAGAUUAAUGAAUACUGAGAUUUUAUACUCUUUCCUAUAUAGAAAUCCUAAUUUGAAAAGUCUGUCACUGAAUACUUGUUUCUUUGAAAAGAUUGUGCCUCUAAAGGAAGAUACUGAAAUUGAAAACUUGGGAGUAGUUCCAAAUCUGAAAAGCUUGAUGUUGAUUGACUUGUUGAAUCUCAAAGAGCUAAGCUUUGAACCAGACGUAAUUCUUGAAAGGUUAGAGUUCUUGAUUUUGAAGAACUGUCGUCUUAUGAUUACUAUAGCACCUUCUUCUGUAUCUUUUACUCGCUUGACAAAUCUAGAAGUGGUCAAUUGUGAUCGAUUGCAAAGUCUAAUGUCAGCAUCUACGGCAAAAAGUUUGGCUCAGCUCAACACCAUGAAGGUAGUGAAAUGUGAAUCCCUGAUGGAAAUAGUAAGAAAGGAUGGAGAGAAAUCUGACAGAAUUGUUUUUCAACACUUGAAAGCCCUAGAGCUUGUUUCACUGAAGAACCUCAAGAGUUUCUGUGUGUCUGAUUGUGACUUUGAAUUCCCAUCUUUGGAGAAAUUAGUUGUGAGCGCAUGUUAUAAUAUGGAUAAAUUUUCAAAAACAGUCACCAGCCCAAUUUUACAAAAUGUACAUGUUGUACAUGGAAAAGAGAACAAACGAUGCUGCUGGGAAGGAGAUAUAAAUGCUACAAUAAAAAAAAUAUUUGAGGAAAUGAAAUUUUUUGAAGGCAUGGAGGAGAUAAGCCUUUCGGAACAUCAAGAACUACAAGAAACUUGGCAACAAGGAGCUGGUCUGCAAAAGAAACAUAGCUGGUUUUAUAGUUUGAAAAUUUUGAAGCUUGAGAAAUGUGUAAUUCAACCAUUUGCAAUUCCAUCUAAUAUUCUUCCUUAUUUGAGGAGCUUAAAAGAACUGCAGGUACAAGGUUGCAACAAUGUAGAGGUAAUUUUUGAGAUGAAUGCUGAAGAGGGUACUGGAUCUACAUUUCACUUGCAGAAAUUGACUUUACAAGAGCUACCAAAACUUAAGGAUGUGUGGGAAAGAAACAGUAAAGGAACCGAGAGCUUUCAAAAUCUGAAGCUAGUCAAUGUCAGGAACUGUGAAAAUCUGCAAACUGUGUUUCCUUUGACCUUGGCAAAAUGUCUUAAGAAGCUUGACGAACUUCAAAUAAUAGAUUGUGAAGGAUUGCUUGAAAUUGUUAGAAAAGAAGAGGACACAGCAGCGGUGUUUGUGUUUCCUUGCUUAACUACACUGACUCUUGCUGACCUGCCAGAGCUCAUUUACUUUUACCCAGAAUCAUUUACUUUGGAAUGCUCUGCGUUACAUAAAAUGAUCGUGUGGAAUUGUCCAGCGUUGGAGCUAUUUGGAAGUCCUAACACACAUUCCAUUUUCUCUGAUCUGAAGCACAUUUGCAACCUUGAAGUGCUAGUACUUGGCUGGGAACACACAUUGGGGUUAAGGACAGUGUUGGGAGAACCAAUGGACAACCUCGAAUAUUUAAAUGAUAUUCAACUUGUAUUUGUUGUUGAUGAGAACGGAAGACAUGAUUUGCCCAUUCAAAUACUCAAGAAGAUGCCCAAUUUAACAAAAAUGAGUAUACGCCAUUGCAGUUGCCUCGAGAUAUUUCAAACUCAAAUCCCAGAAAUUGUUGAGAAAAGGGUGCUUACACACUUGAAAACAUUGAAACUGAAUGAUGUGUCGAAACUCCAGUCCAUUGGGUCAGAGAACUCACCAUGGUUAAACGUGAUUUGUGACAGUGAAAGGCUUCAACAAUUAUAUGUUCUCGAUUGUCCUGAUUUGAAAACAUUAGUGCAUUCUACUCCUUCAGUGUCUUUCAGGUAUGUGAAAGAAAUAUACAUAGACAACUGCCAAGAUAUGAAGUAUUUAUUCACACUGUCAGCAGUGAAUAAGUUAGAGAACCUUGAGUAUAUAUUAGUCAAGAACUGUGAAUCAAUGGAAGCAAUAGUCUUGAAAGAUAAGGAUGACAUUUCAGAAGAGAUCAAAUUACAGCAGCUAAAGUGCAUAGAUCUAUAUAUUUUAUCGAACUUGGAAUGCUUCUAUUCAGACAAUGACACUUUGCAGUUACCCUCCUUGAUACAAGUGGACAUAUGGAUGUGCCCCAAGAUGAAGUUUUUCUCUAGAGGAGACAUACAACUAAAUUCAUCAUUUAGAGGGAUUCAAGCUUUAAACUUCUCAAGUGAUGAAUUGGUCUUCUAUCGUAAUCUUAACUCUUCGGUAGAAAAGGUGUUCUUGCAAGAGGAGUUUUUUAAUGCCGUGGACACGGACUGUUAUGAUCUUAAUAUAAAAUGUUACCCGGUUUAUGAUAUUGGUGUGGAAAACAAUUUGUUUGCCAAUUUGGAAACUAUGAAGCUGAAGAACCGCACUCAAUCAUAUGCAAUUCCAUCUUUUAUUCUUGCUCUUUUAAAGAACUUAAAAGAGUUAGAAGUACGAGAUAGCGACCAAGUAGAGGCAAUUUUUGAUAUAAAUGAUGACACUGAGAUUAAAGAAACAGAAUUCCAUUUGAAGAUAUUGACUUUAAAUGGGCUAUCAAAGCUGAAGCGUGUAUGGGAAAAGGACACUCACAAAAUUAUCAUCUUUCGUAAUCUACAAGAGGUUGUUGUUAGUGAUUGUGCAAAGCUGCAAACUUUAUUUCCUACUUCCCUGGCAAAAUGUCUCAAGGAUCUUAAAAGGCUUAAAAUAGAUAACUGUGAAAACUUUCAAGACUUUGUUGAACAGGAGGAAACAACAUUUGUAACAGAAAAGUUUGUGUUCCCUUGUCUAGAGGAUUUGAAUCUCAAUGACUUGCCACACGUAACUUGCCCUAAAAUGUUCACUCUGGAAUUCCCCUCUGUAAAAUUCUUAUCUGUGAGGGAUUGUGAUGGGUUAGGGUUAUUUCAAAGUGUAGAUGAUCCCAUGGGUGAGGGUACUUCAAGCAGGACACUUCCUCUUAUCUCAGACCCAAAUGUCAUUUCCAACCUGGAGAAACUGACUCUUGAUUGGAAACAAAUUUUGGCAUUAAGCUUAUGGUUUAAGUCACUACAAUCUACAAAAGGCCUCACAAAUUUAAACAGCAUUUCCUUGUGUUUCUUUCGUGCCAAGGAGAAUGAAAUGCCCAUGUUGCCUGUUGAAAUACUCAAGGCUCCAAUUUUAAUUGAAAUGGAUAUAAGCAAUUGUGAAAGUCUGGAGAAUUUCCUUGCUCAAAACCCUAAAAUUGGCGAGGAGGAGAUGCUGGGACAGUUAACAAUCUUGAAGAUAUGCAAUGUGUCCAUUACACAGUUCUUUGAGUUAGAGUACUCCUCAUGCUUAAACAUGUUUGAGAGGCUCCACAAGUUAUCUGUUUCCCACUGUCCCCAUUUGACAACAUUAGGAGUACAUUCUACUUCUACAAUGUCUUUCUCUUGUCUGAAGGAAGUGAAUAUAUACAAAUGUCCUAACUUGAAGUAUUUAUUUACAUCUUCAGCUGACAAAAUGUUAAUGAACCUUCAGGAGAUUAGUGUCAUCGAAUGCGAAUUAUUAACAGAAAUAGUGGUUAAAGAGGGAGAUGCAACUUCUGAAGCCAUUGAAUUUGAGCGACUCCACACCAUUUAUCUACAGUCUUUAACAAGUUUAAUAUGCUUUUAUUCUGGGAGAGACACUCUGCAAUUACCAUCUUUGAAAACUGUGACAAUAUGGAGUUGCCCCAACAUGGAGAUUUUCUCCCAAGGAAUUGAAUCUCUUAUGGGAAUUACGUUAUCCAUAGACCUGGAACCAGACGAUUUACCCCCUCCACAAGAUCUUAACACCAGAAUAAAAGGGAUCUCACAACGAAAGGAGUUUAUUGAAGCAGUGGACAAGGAGUGUUUUUCUGAUUAUCUUGAACUACAAGAAGAUCCACAUUGUAACUUUCGCCUGCAAAACCAAUGGUUGGGCGAUUUGGUUAGUUUGAAGCUUCAGAACUGUACUCUGCCAUGUGCAAUUCCAUCUGCUAUUCUUGCUCUUCUAAAGAGCUUAAAAGAGUUGGAAGUACGGGAUAGUGCAACAGUAGAUGUACUUUUCUAUAUGAAUGACACUGAAACUACACAAAUAUCAUCGCAGUUGAAGAUGUUGACCAUAGAAGGGCUAUCAAAGAUGACACGUGUUUGGGAAAAGAAGAAAAAUGGAGUUGUCAUCUUUCCGAAUCUGCAACAGGUCAUUGUUAGAUGUUGUGAAAACCUGCAAACUCUAUUUCCUGCUUCCCUGGCUAAAAAUAUAAAAAGUCUAAAAAGCCUUGAAAUAAAAUAUUGUGCUAAGUUCCAUGAAAUUGUAGGAAAAGAAGAAACAGAAGCAAAAUUUGUGCUUCCUUGUUUAGAGAAGUUGGAUCUUUAUUCCUUGCCACAACUCACUUGCUUUCAUGCUCAAACAUUCAUCUUGGAAUGCCCAGCCUUAAAUAAAAUAUCUGUGGCGGAUUGUGACAAAUUGGAGUUAUUUCAAAGUGUACAUUCCAUGGGUGAGGGUACUUCAGUUAACAGAAAGCCUCUUAUUUCAAGUCUAGAGGUUAUUUCAAACCUGAGAGAAUUGGAACUUGAUUGGAAACAUAUUCUGGCAUUAAGAUCGAGGCUUAGGUCUGAAAAAUUUACUGGAGUCUUCAAAUUUGUAAAUAAAAUGAAGCUGUCGUUGGACGGUGAUGUGAGUGAGAUGCCUAUAGUGCUCAAUGAAAUAGUCCAUACAACACCCAACAUAAUAGAAAUGACAAUGAUUAUAGACAAUUGCAAUAGUACGGAGAUUUUCCUCCCCAAAAUUAUUGAGGAUGGGAUGCUAUUACAUUUAAGAAUAUUGACACUAGCCUUUGUAUCUACCAUCCGGUCCAUCCAGUCAGAGAACUCAUCAUGGUUAAAUACAAUCUGUGAGAAGGUUCAUGAAUUAACAGUCUACCAAUGCCCUCAUGUUGAAACAAUUGGAGUGCAUUCUACUUCUACACUGAACUUCUCUUUUUUGACAAAAGUGUGUGCAUACCAAUGUCCGCAAUUGCAGUAUUUAUUUACAUAUUCAGUCGCAAAAAAGUUAGUGAGCCUCAAAGAGAUCAUAGUCAUAGAAUGUCCAUUACUAAAAGAAAUAGUGACCAAAGAGAGAGAUGAAGAUGAACCCAAAGGAGAAGGUCAAGAUAAAUAUGAAAAUGAGAUGAUAUUCAUGAAGCUUGAGAGUUUGACUCUUGCCUUACUAGACAAAUUGGAAAGCUUUUACACGGGGAGUUCCACUUUGAAUUUCCCAUCCUUGAGAAACGUGUGGGUUGACAAAUGCUUCACCACCAAAAUUUUCCGUCGUCAUGAUAAAGUGCCUCCGAAAUUUAGGGUUGAUAUAGAUGGAAUCCGUUGUAAAGGUGAUAAAAAAGCUCUGAUCAUGCAACAGGUCGAGGAGGAGGCGUCCUGAGGUGACAAGUUCCCUUGAAUUGUAAUUGCAGGGAAUCAGGAGACUCAAAGAAGGAACUGAUAGAGACAUGACUACAACUAUCAAUAAAUAGAGGGCUUUUUCUUUGUGUAGAAGUGCAUUGUUCAUGAAUAAAGUUUUCCUAUAUACCUAUAGGAAACGUGAAUGGUUCUCAAGACAUAAAGUUGUUUGUGAAUAAGUGUUGCUCUUGUAUUCAUACAGGAGAUGCGUGUUGCUUUAGGAGGUUUGAAUUGUUUUAAAUUAAGUUCUUGAAGGGUUUUUCAUGAAUAAAUUUGACAUGAGUUUAUUUUUAGAGAAAGAUGCUCCAUGGAUAAGUUGGAAAUUGAGCACUGCAUCUCUAGACAUGUCAUUUGUCGUUUCUCUGCUUAUGCUGAGACGUAUUUGUGUGCAUGUACUAUGGUUUUUAAGUUGUAAAA